UUCUUCCAGUUAAGAACCAAACACCAGUGGAUAAAUCCAACGGCACCAUUCGGAUAUUGUGCUGGAUUAUGACGAUGCCCAAACACCUGGAAACUCGAACCCAGCACGUGAGAGCGACCUGGGCGAAACACUGCGACCGAGUUCUCUACAUGAGCUCCGAAUCCACAGAUUUCCCCACCGUGGGGCUGAACGUGAGCGAGGGGAGGGAAAACCUGUACUGGAAGACCAUCAGAGCGUUCCAGUUCCUCCACCAGAACCACAUGCACGAUAUGGACUGGUUUCUGAAGGCGGACGACGACACUUUCGUGGUGAUGGAGAAUCUGCGCCACACGUUGUCCCGGUUCGAUACGGAGAAGCCGUGGUAUUUGGGAAGACGCUUUGCCCCGUUCAUCAAAAAAGGCUACAUGAGCGGAGGAGCCGGAUAUGUGCUCAGUAAAGAAGCUUUGAGACGCUUUGUCACAGGGUUCCAGACGGGGAAAUGCACACACUUCUCCGACUUAGAGGACAUGGCUCUGGGGAAAUGUAUGGAGACGAUGGAGGUGGAGCUGGGAGACACCAGAGAUGAGAAGGGAAGACAAACAUUUCACCCGUUUCCUCUGGACCAUUACGUCAUCAGGACUCCUCCGAGAAGAAGGCCCUGGUAUAUGAUCUACGACUUCUAUACUCCAAUAGAGGUUCUGGUGAUGAAAUACUUUGAAGCGACUCGUUGGGUUGGUGUUGUGCUUGCUCAGUGA